CUGCCUUCUUUGCUGCACACUGCAGUGAACGGGUCUCCCUACCCUGCCUGUACUUAUAGCGGUCUCCCUUGGCCAUUCAGUGGAUGCUGUCUUUUCCGCCAACACCAACGUCGAGCGUAAUGUUUUCGGACCAUUCUUUAGGAAUGCUUUACAUAUUUUACAUGGUUUGAAUUUUGGGUACCAAUCGAGGGGAGUCGAGAAGAACGCGGUUCCCCUGGAUAUUUUACAGAGUUAUGCCAGUUCCAGACCCAGCCUCUGACUCUGAGAACCCCACAAUGCUGAGCCCAGUUCUAAAUGCCUCUAAUGGAGACGGCUCUGAGACGGAGACCACGUCAGCCAUACUGGCCUCUGUCAAGGAACAGGAGCUGCAAUUUGAGCGACUGACUCGAGAGCUGGAAGCCGAGCGGCAGAUUGUCGCCACCCAACUGGAGCGAUGCAAGUUAGGAUCUGAGACAGGCAGCAUGAGUAGCAUCAGUUCAGCAGAUGAGAAGUUUCGCUGGAAUAACCAAGACGGACAGAAGGACAUUGAGGAGGAACUGACGACUGGCUUGGAGCUGGUGGACUCCUGCAUUAGGUCACUCCAGGAAUCUGGGAUCCUUGACUCCCAGGAAUUCUCCACAGGUGACAGACAAGGCCUGCUAUCCCAGAGUGCACUGCAGCUCAACAAUCAGGAUGGAACACUCCCUUACCCAGCCGGUUACCACAGCAACCAGACACUAGAGGCCCCGCCCCGCAGUGGCCAGGUGGGAGGGGCAGUCCACAGUUACAACCAGGUGACAUCUAGCCGUGCAGCCCAGCUGGCUGCCAGUGUAGACACCUCCCAGUCCCAGUCCAGAGAUAGAGAGUUGUUUGCCCAGAGCCAUGGCAGCGCCUUCCACAUGCCUGACACCCCACCCACUCCUUCCAUGUACUACUCUUGCUCCACCCUGCCCGCCCAACGUGUGAGCUCCCCCCACUCCAUACAAGCUGUGGGCUCGCCCACCAAGCUCCAGCGCCUUGGCUCGGCCUCCGACAUGCCCAGCUACGCCACCCUGCAGCGGGUCUCCUCGCCCAAGCAGUCCCCCAGCCGGCUGGCAAAGUCCUACAGCACCAGCUCCCCCAUAAACAUGGUGGCGGGGUCUGCCGGACUGUCCUCCACGUCUCCACUGCACAUGGCCUCUUCAGGCAACACCUCGGGUUCGUCUCCUCUCCAUCAGUUCAGCUCCACCGUGGGUAACUAUGCCACCCUGUCCCCCAGCAAGCGCAUGCAGCACUCCUCAGAUCAGUACAAGAUCUCCCACGAGCUGUACGCCAACGCCACCCUCGGGAGGCCUGGCAGCCUGGCAGGGUCCAGAGGCUCCUACAGCAGCCAACACAGUCACCUGGGCUCAGAGUUGCGACCUCUCCAGUCUCCUGAGCACCACAUUGACCCCAUCUACGAGGACAGGGUCUACCAGAAGCCCUCUCUCAGGAAUCUCAAUCAAAACCAGGACCCAGUAAACCAGUUUUGUGAAGAAGUCCUGAACUUUCUGCUCUGUCCCUACUUCCCUCCUGCCGUAGCCCCGUCUUCCCCUGGUGUUGACUCCAUCCCCUUGCAGCGUACAGGCAGCCAGAACGCCUCAGGCACUUUGCCCUACCAGAGAAGCAGCUUUGCCACUGGCUCAGCUGCCGAAUACGCCAACCCGUACCGCACCCUCCAGUUCUGCCCAUCCACCGAGUCUCCCUACAGCAAGUCUGGCCCCGUGCUGCCCCCGGAGGCCGCACUGGCCCGCUCACCUUCUGUCGACAGCAUCCAGAAGGAUCCCAGGUACGACCCUGAAUUCCUUGUCUGGAAUCAAAAUCAAGCCGAGCAAAGAAUGACAAAGGAGUUUGGCUGGAGAGACCCAGAGCUGCCUGAGGUGAUCCAGAUGCUGCAGCACCAGUUCCCCUCGGUCCAGUCCAACGCUGCAGCCUACCUCCAACACCUGUGCUUCGGAGACAACAAGAUAAAGUCUGAGAUCCGGAGGCAAGGAGGGAUCCAGCUGCUGGUGGAUCUACUAGAUCACAGAAUGACCGACGUUCACCGCAGCGCCUGUGGAGCUCUGAGGAACCUAGUGUACGGCAAGGCCAACGAUGACAACAAGAUCGCCCUGAAGAACUGUGGGGGGAUCCCAGCCCUGGUCCGCCUGCUGAGGAAGACCACCGACAUGGAGAUCAGGGAGCUGCUCACAGGUGUGCUGUGGAACCUGUCGUCGUGUGAUGCCCUGAAGAUGCCCAUUAUCCAGGACGCCCUGGCUGUGCUGACCAACGCUGUCAUCAUCCCCCACUCGGGCUGGGACACCUCGCCCCAUCAAGAGGACCGCAAACUGCACCUGCACUCUUCCCAGGUGCUCCGCAACGCCACCGGCUGCCUCAGGAACGUGAGCUCUGCGGGGGAGGAGGCUCGCAGGAGGAUGAGGGAGUGCGAGGGCCUUACCGACGCUCUGCUCUACGUGAUCCAGACCGCCUUGGGCAGCAGCGAGAUCGAUAGCAAGACCAUUGAAAACUGUGUAUGCAUUUUGAGGAACCUCUCAUAUCGACUAGCUGCAGAGACAACUCAGGGACAGCAGAUAGGCACGGACGAGCUUGAUGGAUUGCUUUGUGGCGAUGCCAACAGCAAGGAUGCCGAGAGCUCUGGUUGCUGGGGGAAGAAGAAGAAGAAAAAGAAGGCCCAUGAUCAGUGGGAUGGUGUGGGGCCCUUCCCGGACUCGGCUGACCCGCCCAAAGGCAUUCAGAUGCUGUGGCACCCCACCAUCGUCAAACCCUACCUCACCCUACUGUCUGAGUGCUCCAACCCAGACACCCUGGAGGGGGCAGCCGGGGCUCUGCAGAACCUGGCUGCAGGCAGCUGGAAGGUACAGCACAGUACAUGGUCUGUGUAUAUCCGUGCGGCGGUGAGGAAAGAGAAGGGUCUACCCAUCCUGGUGGAACUGCUGAGGAUUGACAACGACAGGGUGGUGUGUGCCGUGGCCACAGCUUUAAGAAACAUGGCCUUAGACGUCAGAAACAAAGAACUCAUCGGCAAGUACGCAAUGAGAGACUUGGUCCACCGUUUGCCCGGGGGCAACAACAACAACAGCAGUGGUGGGACUGCUGCCGGUGCUAUUGGGAAGACCAUGUCGGACGACACCAUCACAGCUAUCUGCUGUGCCCUGCACGAGGUCAUCACUAAGAACAUGGAGAACACCAAGGCUCUGCGUGACGCUGGAGGCAUCGAGAAACUCAUCGGUAUCGCCAGGAGCAAAGGAGAGAAACACACACCCAAAGUGGUGAAAGCAGCCUCUCAAGUCCUCAACAGUAUGUGGCAGUACAGAGACCUUCGCGGUCUCUACAAAAAGGAUGGAUAUUCUCAGUAUCAUUUUGUGGGCUCAUCCUCUACAAUAGAAAGAGAUAGACAAAGACCAUAUUCCUCCUCCCGCACCCCAUCCAUCUCACCCGUACGGACAUCUCCCAAUAAUCGCUCAGCAAGUGCUCCUGCCUCUCCCCGAGAGAUGAUCAGCCUCAAGGAGCGGAAGACAGACUACGAGUCGACGGGCACCAAUGCCAGUUACCAUGGCAACAAGGGUGAGCACACUUCGAGGAAAGACACCAUGGCAGUUGAAAUCUCAAGUGGAACCUCAACAUUGUUCCGAGGUGCCUACGUCUCUCCCAGUGAUGACAUCAAACACAACCAGGUCUCUGCUCAGGGGCCCAACCCAGUCCAGGAGCCCUACCCUCCAUUCCAGAACCCUCCUGGUGUACAGUUUGAGGAGGCGUUCUACGAGGACCAGGUGCACCAGCGCCCUCCCCAGGCCACAGACUUAAACAUGCACCUGGGCCUCAAGUCCACCGGCAACUAUGUGGACUUCUACUCAGCGUCCCGCCCCUAUAGUGAACUCAACUAUGAGACUAGUCACUACCCGGCCUCCCCGGACUCCUGGGUCUAGUGGACUAUAGGGGAAGGACUGGUCGUCAGCAGUGUGCUGUGCUGUGAUGGGGGAGAGGAGCCGAGAGAGAGUGAGACAGACAGGCCAUGCAUGUGCAUGCACACCACAAGACAUUUCUUCAGCGAGUUUAGUUUGUCCUAGAGAGAGAGGUCCCAUGCCCAUGUGUCUUUGAAGAAAGAAAGAAAGAAAGAAAGAAAGAAAGAAAGAAAGAAAGAAAGAAAGAAAGAAAGAAAGAAAGAAAGAAAGAAAGAAAGAAAGAAAGAAAGAAAGAAAGAGAGUCACAGAGUAGAAGGAAUAGAAUGCGAGUCAAAAAGAGAGAAGGAAUGAGGGAAAGAGGAAAUAAGAAAGAAAGGGCAUGAUCUUGUAAAGAAACAACUCACAAAAGGCAAAAGGAAGGUGUUAAAUGAUGGGGUCACCACCAGAAGCUUGGAGCGUUGGAGUGUGAGGAGCGGAAUAUCUUGGAGAUGAUCAGGAGUAUUCUCAAAGGAAGACAACUAUAAAUAUGUGGUAUAGUAAAGAGAUUAGUAUGUGAAGCACAAGAAAAUGAAGUGUCAUUUACACACGCUAGAGAAUAGUUGUCAGUCACAAACUCUUAUUAGGUUUUAACGUACAGCUUCAACCUGUGUUGUGUGUAAGGAGUCUGCCUCUCUGGGCAAAAUAAUUGCUUUUAGACUUUGUAUCUUUUGAUUUGUUAUAAUUCUUUUUUUAUUUCUACUUUUUUAAUUCUUAAUUCUGGUGUAAAGUAUUUGAUGUACAUUACAGAGAUACAUGUGCAUUGUGUAUAUUACACAAUUGCCUGUGUCCCUUUCCUUAGUGUCUCAGCAUAACGUUAAUCUGUCUGUUACUUUCUGGGGAGAUAAUAGAGAGUACAAUGUCUGCACACAAACAAACUGCUACAAGCAAUGAAAUACGUCUUCGCAGUAAAAUGAAGGACGAAUUUCAAAGUUAUUGCUAAUCUGAUUAUGUGAAUUGGUGGACCUAAAGGAGUAAGCGGCUCAACAGCAUCAUUCCACUCGCUUGGUGCUCUUCCACUGCCUAAAACAGUUUACGGAUGGACGGUAGAUAUACUCAAAAUACUUUUUAUUUCCUAAAACGCUGUGCUACAUGAAAACAAGUUUGUUCCUCCACAAGCCUCCUUGUGAACUGUGCUCAUUGUCCGUUUUUUUUUUUAUGUGCCAAACACGGUUAUCUCCAAGCUGAGGGGUAACGUUGAACUUCUGUUGAAGUUUACAUUCAACAGCAAGUUGUUGGUUCUAAUGAUGCCAGUUUGUAAAUGCUUUUUUUAAUGUGUUUCAAUGGAAUAAAGCUAUAUAUACACCGUAACAAGACUGGAACAUUACCAGGGGGUGAAAAUAAUAUAUUUGAGAGCUUAAUUCCCUCCAAAUAUGUACAAGUUAGUUGACUGUGUUGUAGAAUAAUCAAUGUUUGAGAAAGUCCGUUUUUUUCUUCUUCAGAGAUGGGUGGCAAUUAAGUUCAUGGUAGACUAAACUGUUAAUAGAGUAUGAAUAUAUAUUAUAUAAAUAUAAAUAUAUACUUUUUAUGUGGAGAUGUGGAUGUCACUUAAAGCAGCAACAUUAUGGAAAAGACUUGUACAAAAAUACAUGUAGGAUUUUGUUAACCUUAAUUUUCUGGUCUACACACUGAAAUGUUGACUCUGUGUAGUCAUGUUGUUGCUAUGUGAAAUAGGGGAGACCAGGGGCUGAAUAUCCACAAUUUACGGAAGUUGUCACAGACCUCACAACUACAAGAAAAGGUGCUAAAAGUUAUACCUACAGAUCUUUGUAUUUUGGUGUUUACAGAAUGUAUUUUGCCACUUCAUGUCCCUAGCUUUGAAUAUUGAAAUUGUCACAGGUGAAUGUCUUUCAUCACCGACUAUGAAAUUGAUCCCCUUUAUCCUUGUUGGAUUUCCUCAGUAUUUCCUCAAACAGUUAUCAACAACGGAGCUGAUGAUCCAGUGUGUGUGUGUUUAUCUGUCAAUGAAAACAGUGGUCGUUUUCUACAAACCCUGUAACAACCUUUCCCCAGCAUGACACACGGUUCCAUAUUGAGCCCUCCUUUGAUCAAAUGUUACAAUAACGUUAUGUGGCAACAUAGAGAGAAAAAGUAUUACAUUGCCCACUAAUGCAUGAACAAAUCUUAUUUAAGUCAAUGUGAAACAAAAUAGUGGUAGGCUACACACUAAAACUGAAUGGAGGAGAGAAAAUAUAAAUGUUAAAAGUUGAAAAGAAGCUCUGGUCUCCCCUACAUAUCGUUUAGAAGUCUCUAGGUUAUCUUCAAAUGCUUGAACAAUUAAUAAAUGAAAACACCCAAAUUGUUCAACAUAUCCUACAACGUUCCCCCUUCUCAUUAGUUAGCAUCUGAAAACAGACACAGUCCUUGUGAAAAGUAGGCAUACCUGACAAACUGUACUGAACUAUGUCAGUAACCUUUUUGUUGCUAGACAAUGUGUUUUAAAGACUUGUGAAACUUUUUAUUGCCUCAACAGAUUGAAACUGCUACAAAAAUAUAAACUGACCAUCUAAGA